CGAAAAUCAGCUAUGUCAGUAUUGCAAAACGUACGUAAGGUCGAAAACAAGACGAAAAUUUAUUUAAUUUAACAAAAACUUGUUGCACCAUGCGUAUCCGACAGUUGUUAAACUAGUUUGCUUACUAAAAGAUGCACAGCCACAACCAAAGCGGCGCCAGUGCCAGCAAAGUGGUAGCAAGACUUACGGCCGAUGGCCAGGUGUAUCCGAAUCAAAAUCAGAACUUGUUGCACUACGAAAUUCGCACCGAAGGAGAAAAGGGUACAGCAACUGCAACAUGCCUGGACUUAGGAAAGCAACUUCUACAGUGCUCGAAAGAUAGUGAUGUGAUAGGGGUGAAAACAGCCUUAGGCCAUGGAGCACCUUUUGCGUCCGAUUGGCUAGGGAUGUCUGCUCUACACUUCGCUGCCAUGAACAACCAGCUGGAGAUCUGCGAAAUUCUGUUGCAAGCCGGUUGUAAUAUGGACGCAAAAACAAAGGUAGACCGUACGCCUUUGCAUUUGGCCUGCUAUUACGGUCACGAGCGAAUUGUUAGCCUUUUACUGGCUCUUAAAUGUAGUGUCAACUCGCGAGAUAUGCUCCGUAUGACUCCGUUGCACUGGGCAGUUGAAAAAAGGCACAAAAUAAUAGUGCGUUUACUGCUUAAGUGUCAAGCAGAUGUCACAUUAGUGUCUAAAUUUGGGAAGACCCCAAUAGCGCUAGCUGUCCUUACUGAGCAGGCAGACAUUCUUUCCGAGCUAGAAACUGCUCGGCAGGCUCAGGCCAAUCGCAAAUACAACGAAGAGGCGGAGAAAGAGACUAGUGAUGCGGUAAAUUCUAUUAUGGACGAGACUAUCAAAACUCCUGAGAAUGUGGAUAUGUCAGUUGAAGAUAAAAUGGAUGUACUGGAAAAUCUUCGGGGUCCAGGCAGCAAUGUCUUGGGUGACACCGCAUUAAAUAUGUUAAAAUCACACGGCAUUGCUGAUAUGAUGCAGGACAAUGAUGAUGAAGCUUCCAAAGAUAUGCUUAAUACAGCUCUCCAAAAUGGACGUAAGUUGGUUCUGUCUGAGGCUGGGCGCAUGGUGUUACACGAAACAAAGGCAACACAAAGCGUUAAUGGUAGCACACCGACUUACCGGAAAAUCGCAAAUCAUGUCACUAACACACACAGUUCUCCUCCGCAAAAGAUUCGUAUGAAUGUCAUCAAACAAAAGGAGUCAAUUUCCCCAAGUACGUGUGCGGGUUUGACAAAAAACAAGAAUAUAAGGAUAAUCUCAUUGACCGAUUUUAAGAAGCUUUGCAGUAGUUCAUCUGAUAAUCAAGCAAAAUCGGUGCAGAAAAUUCCUGGUUCAUUGGCUGGCUCUGGUGUGGUUCGUCAGCUGUCCUAUGCCACUAAGCUGGUCAAUAUGCGACAUUUGCAGUCCCGUCAACUUAAACUCCCAUCACUUCGAAAACCUUUGGAUAGUGGGAGUACUGAUGAGCAGCAACAGUUAUUAAACGAAGCUAUGACUACGCCCAUAAGUAAUUUGCCAAUGUCAAGUACUAGCUCUCUACGUGGACAAGUAGGCACUGUGCAGACCAUACAACUGCGGCCAUCUCAAUCAACUGGCUCAACUACUGCUAACAAUGGAACUGCCUUUAAACAUGCAACGCGCUCUAACUUGCGGGGCGUUAAUGAACUAAACGCUAACACAAGAGCUCCCAACGUUAUGCCCCUAUUGACAUCUUCUGAAAUUUGUCGGCAACUGCAUGAACUUAGGCGGCAUAAUGAUGAAUUACGUCGUCGUAUCGAUUCCUUUCAAAAGGAGAAGGAGGAAAUGCGGAAACGCAUUGAGCACUUAGAGCAACAAGUGUUGCUUAGCGAGGCACAGGAGGUAAUGCAGUAUGUGAACGAUUAGGACGAAGCAUACUGUAGUCUCAGCAUUCAUUUUGAGUUUCUCUUUUUUGCAUAUUGUUUUUGUUAAAGAUGCGGUAUGCAAAUUUGAUCAAUAACAUAACAGACUAUCAUCUUAAUAUUAGUUCAUUAGUUUAUGUAAAUAGUUAAAAUAAGAUUUGAUUAAAUUAAGAACAUAUAUUUAAGUUGCCUUUUGUAUUGACUGCUUCCUCACCUUCUGGCCUAAAUUUUGCUAAUAGCAAUUCACACUUAAUGAGUUAAUUUAUUUAACUUAAAAUUAAGACAGCACAUUCACAAACAAGUAUAGGUAUACAAGGAAUUGCAUUUGUUAAAGGCCCAAAUCAAUUCUUCAGAGUUUUAUUAAUAAUUGUAAUAAUAUGAUAACGAGUAUAUUAUUUAACUACAUUUAUUAAAA